AUGUUGGGUACAGGCACACCCAACGCAAACCCGCAACGGUCUGGGCCUGCACUGGCGGUUGUAGUCAACGAUACGCCCUAUCUGGUGGACUUUGGACCGGGCGUGAUUCGCCAGGCGGCCAAAGCGUCGCCCCAAUAUGGCGGCCCGGUUGCGGGCCUUGAAGUGUCUCGAAUCAGCCGCGCAUUUUUAACUCACCUGCAUUCAGAUCACACGGUGGGUUACCCGGAUCUGAUUCUGACGCCGUGGACCUUGGGCAGAGCGGAGCCAUUACAGGUCUAUGGCCCCGACGGCAUCGUGGAAAUGACCGAUCACGUGUUGAAGGCGUGGACUGAGGAUAUUCGCUACCGCGUCUACGGUUUGCAGCCGGCUAAUAACACCGGUUGGCGCGUGAAAGCCCAGGCGGUUAGCGAAGGCGUGGUCUAUCAGGAUGACAACGUCAAGGUUGAAGCCUUCCCAGUGCGCCACGGUUCAUGGCCCAAUGCGUUUGGUUAUAAGUUUACGACGCCAGAUCGAACCAUCGUGAUUUCCGGCGAUGCGGCGCCGGAUGAGACCCUGGAAAAAUACAGCCAGGAUGUUGAUGUUCUGAUUCAUGAAGUCUAUGCAGAGAAGCUCCUUAAAGACCGUAACGAUCCUUUCUGGACCCGCUACUACCAGACCAAUCACACCUCGGGAAUUGAGUUGGGCAAAAUCGCUGCCCGCGUAAAACCUAAGCUCCUGGUGUUGUAUCACUUUCUUCCCAGCGGGGUUGAUGUGGAGAACAUCGCUGAGGAAGUGCGGCAGCACUAUGACGGAGACAUUGCGGUGGCGGAGGAUCUAGAUGUUUUCUAG